UUUUGUGUACAGUAGGACCGACAGGAAGUGGAAUGGCUACCUUACAGAUCGGCUCUGAUAACAGCUCGAUGCGGACCUGCCGGGCUUUAAUUCCCUUUAACUGUGACCCUGAUCGCUCUGAAGUUGAUUCCAGUAGAGUCAACACAGAAGUGGGAGGCAGUGAAAGAGGAGCAGCAGCAGCCUACCUGGUCACUUCAGCCCACACCUCUAUAAUGUCCCCACGGCUCCACCUACACUGACCGCCUUCUCCCCGGCGUGCAGAAAGAGACGGCUAGCAUGCAGCAGAACUGUCGCAGCUUUUCCACGAAGUGGCGCUGCUGAGAAACGAUCAGUCGGAGCUGUGUCUGCCAGCGCCGCCAUGGAUGACUUCACUACAAGGACGUAUGGCACAAGCGGCCUGGACAACAGACCGCUGUUUGGAGAGACGUCUGCUCGGGAUCGAAUCAUCAACAUGGCGGUGGGGGGAUUUACGUCUGUGGUGGUUCUGGUGACUGUCAUCUGUUCCUUUGUGUUUCCCACGAUGCCUCCGCGGCCGCUGAACAUCUUCUUCGCCGUGUGCAUCCUGCUGACCUGCAGCUCCACGUUAGUGCUGAUAUUCUGGUACCGUCAGGGCGACCUGGAGCCCAAAUUCAGGAAUCUGAUCUACUUCAUGCUGGCGUCCAUCGUGCUGCUGUGUAUAUGUGCCAACCUCUACUUCCACGACAUCAGGUAAAGGCGGAGCCAAGGAAGGCAAACGGGAACAAGGGAACACGUGGCCUUCAUGAGCAGGACCAGCGUGAAGGAGUCACAUGACCAAAAUAAUAACUGUUACACGAACUUGAACCUGCUGUGGAAUCAGCACCAGUGGGAACUGGGCACAGAGACUGGACUCAGUGUGGGAUGAUGAUGAUGUACUGUAAGAGGCGACAAACUGCUGGAGCACAACACACAGUCGAGUGUGUUUACACGCACACAGACACACACAUUUGUUUGGGACCCUUCAUUUAAAUGAAAAAUCCACAUCUGUUUCUCAGAGUCGCUUUAAAUGUGACGUCUUUUACAUUUAUCUUUCCUUCACUUUCACGUUUGAUCUGCAGUUCUUUAAAGAUAUGAGUUUUGAUCAUUAAACUCCAACAAAACACCAUCAAAGGUCCCGUUAACAGGACAGCAGGAGGCAGGAACGCAGGCUGGAUGUCAGAGAGCUCUUCUACUCACCAGCUUCGCUCUGAUUGGCUAAUUCUAUCCCGCCCCCCUCAUAUUUAAGGGACCACAAGUUAGAAAAUAAACAUGUUGCAUUAAAUGAGACCUGAAACUAGCAGCUGGGACGAUAAACACAUCGGCAAAGUUUACUGUGAUUCAUGAAACAGGGAAACAGGCAGUGUUUCCCUGAUUCAUGAAAUCUAUUAGGAAACGGAGGCAGCGCCCCCUACUGACUCUUAGGAGGAACUUUAAUUCCACAGACUAUAUAUAAAACAUGCAUGAGAGCUUCAGCACAUCUUCACUGGAGGGCAACAGAGUUACAGGCUGGAUAAAGAUGUUUAGAGUGUGAUGGAAUGCCGAGAACACCAGAGAGGAAGUGUCUGAAAACAAAACCUGUAGUUCCUCUCGUGGCCACUAGAGGCUGGCUCCAGCAAUGAGUCGGUCUCCAUAGACUCCCUUGUUAAAACACAGAAAUAAACAUGUUUUUAUCCUGAUACAAACACUGUUCAAACCUUUAACAGCUGCAGCAGAGGUGAACCAUGGUGGUGCCCAACAAACCUGUGAUGUCAUGUGGCCAUGUCCAUCUUUUAUAUACAGACUGUGGACAUUAUGAAGGCAUAAACAUGUUUUAUCCUAAAUCUACUUCCGAAGUGGACUCUUCAGAACAAUUCAAACAUUCAAACAUAGAGAAGCUCUCAAAGGGAACAAAGGACCAUUAAUUAAUAUAAAAACCCAUAGUGGUGUAUUCAGGGGUCUUUCUGUCCUCAGCCCAAACUCAGAUGUAUUCCGCUGCUGUUACCUGCUCAGGUGGACUUUUCCUUUAACCUGGAUGCAGGCUGUGAGCAUGGAGGGAAGCAGCUGUUCAGUACUGUAGACGUUAGCAGGCGGCUGUAUCAGCAAAUCAGAAAUAUGCAAACCUGUGUUUUCUCCGUCUGUCGGGUUCUUCUGAUCACCGUGUAUGUAAUUACAGUCCAAAUGUAGCUGAGAGGAUUUUAAGUUGGAUUUAAAUGCUGAAUUACACCGACUGCCAAUUCUUUGCACUAAGCAUUUCUAAAUCACACACACUCACUCUCUCCCUUUCUCAGGCUAGCGCCAGUGGAAAUGAAUGAAAGCUUUGUAAAUGGCUUUACAAGUAAAGCUGUCACUGUUAUUAAUCUGGCUUUUUCAGCUCCAUUCAGUCCUCCUCAAGCAUCCAUUCCUCCUGCUGCUCCUGCUUUAUGACCUGUUAUUCAUAUAAGGUUUAAGGUUUUCAGUUUUCCAAUUUCCCCCCCCCAAAAAAACCCACCAUUGAGGGUUUAAAAGCCUUCAGCUCCUCUUUUACAAUAAAGUUUAGCAUCCAGGAAUUGAUUUAAAAACACCAAACAGGAGUGGGAGGUUAUUUUCCAUCUAAAGAUAAUAAACCCGAGUCUAACAGAAAAAAUGAAGACAGAAAACUAACUAGCAGCGACGUUUGGACGGUUGAAUGAUGAUCAGGUCGAAUCUGAUCUGUCCACAGCACGAGGCAGCAUUAGCAACCAGGUAACAAUGGCAAGAACCACCCUGGUGCUUAAUUAGUUUGGAGUAAAUCCUCUCAAACCGGCCUGUUUAAAGGGCCAGUUCACCCAGAAUUACCAAACCAGACUAUAAACUGGAUUCCUCUUAGUCAUGCAAGGCUGCUUUUGUUUACACCAACUGUAAGAAAUCACUGCCUCUUUGGGCAACUCUGACAUCUGACCAGUUCAAGCAAAACUCACAAAAACACCAAAACCAGCAGCACUCCCAUCUCUGCGCCAUCUGUUUGAAUGAAUGCUCUCUGCGGGACUAUUUUCAGCGGAUAAAUCCAGUGACUGUUACAGGUGUUAACAGCUGUGAAACUAUGGAAAUAGAGCUGUGUGUUACAGAGGAACAGGAUAAACAUCUUUAGGGCAAAUAAGCCCAGCCUUUCACAAUAAAAGCCAACCUCACCUCA